GAGAGCGUGGCAGUGUAGCACCCGCUCUCACAGUGUAGCCCGAGACUCGUUCUGACACACCAGAGAGUUUUGUAUCUACAUCUCUUAAAUAAAUGUCACUCUUCCUAAUAGUUAACAGCUGCAGUUCUUCAACUGAACAUUCUCCAAUAGAGCUCUGCGUUUAUUUCAAGCUGUUGUCAUUUCUUGGUGUUAGCAGAGCAUGUGCUCCUUUUACCCGGGAAAGGCAGUUGUGGAGAUGGGUCUUGGCUUUGAUGCUGUGCCCAAGUCGCAGCACCUAGCUGACAGCCAUGAUUUCUGUAGUGGUGGAGAGAGGCACUGGCAUGAGUUGGUAGCGGGUGUCAAGACUUCCAUGUUCUGAUGGCUUGGAGUGACACUGGCUGAGCUCCUGAACCUUUAUUGCUCCACUGUUCUCGCCAUAAAAAUGGGUGUAAUGCCUGUGUGGUGGCCAGCUGACUUCGGUGGAAGCUUCUGAAGUGUUGUGGGGGCAGCCAAAGCCAGCCCCCAGCCCACAGAGCAUGACGAGUCCUGACAGGAGUCCUGUCACAGCCUGGCAGUCACUUGUCCACAGCCAGCUUUCCUUUAUCAGCUUGCUUGCUGCUUUCGCUCUUUUCCUGGUCUGUCCUUUCACCAGCAGAAAUGUGGAAAAACCAGUUCUGUGGUUAGUUGCUGCACUUCCCUCCACGCCCAUGGGGCAGGUCUCCUCCUCCUCAGUCCUCACGCACAGUCUGGGUGCACUUCAGCCUCCAGCCUCUUUGCCCCUGCCUGUGCUCAGCCGGCUCAGGUGCACGACAGGCCUCUCCGCCCUUUCCAUUUACCUUAACCUUCCUCUUGUCCCUCUGGCUGCCACAGCUUGUCUCUCUGGUGGCUCCUUCUCGCCUGGAUAACGCAGUGGGGUGGCCUGCAGGUGCAUAAGGUGAAGGAGGCUGCCCUCCUGGCCCUGUCCUGUCCUGCCUGGAGGGAUACCAUUCCGAGGUGAUGGCUGGAGGGAACGAGCGGAGCAUGAAGGCCCUGAAGGAAGUGUGGAAAAGAGCAGAGAACUCUUUGUGUGCGGAUUGCGGGAAGCCAGAUCCUGACUGGGCAUCCUCAACUUUGGGUGUCUUUAUAUGCCUCAGCUGUUCAGGAAUUCACCGCAACAUCCCUAGCAUCAGCAAAGUCAAAUCCCUGAAGAUGGACUACUGGGAUGAUGCUCAGGUGCAGUUUCUGGCCAAGCAUGGGAAUGCUGUGACUAAAGCCAUAUAUGAAGCUCACAUCCCUAUUUACUAUUACCAGCCAACCUACAAUGACUGCCAAGUGCUGAGAGAACAGUGGAUACGGGCCAAAUAUGAACGUAAAGAAUUCACUGAGCCGGGAAAACAGCUGCCAUAUUCUGAUGGGGUGAAGGAAGGCAUCCUUUGGAAGCGUGGUCGAGACAACGGACAGUUCCUACCCCGCAAGUUCCUCUUGUCUGAGAGAGAAGGAUGUCUGAAGUAUUUCACCAAGCAGGAUGCCAAAGAACCCAAAAUCAAUGUUAAAAUAGAUGUAAUCAAUGCUACAUUCCAACCAGAGAAGAUUGGGAACCCCAAUGGCCUGCAGAUCACCUACCUCAAAGACAAUAAGACCCGGAAUAUAUUUGUCUACCAUGAAAGUGGAAAGGAGGUGGUGGACUGGUUCAAUGCCAUCCGCUCUGUGCAGUUCCAUUACCUGAAGGUAGCAUUUCCCAUUGCCAGCGAUAAUGAGAUUAAAAAUCGUCUCACAAGAAACUUCUUGAAGGAGGGAUACAUGGAGAAGACUGGUCCCAAGGACGCAUUUGCUAAGGGUGAGGUAUUUGUGGGCAGUGGAGAGAAUGGAUAUAGUGUCCAGAAGGGAUUGCCUUCAGGGACACAGGGCAACUUCUCUUGGCACUACGGCAUCACCAUUGUCACCCCUGACCGGGAAUACCUCUUCACCUGCGAGACAGAGACUGACCAGCUGGAGUGGAUCAGAGCCUUCACUAGUGUCAUCAACCAGGCCAUGACACCACAGGAAUAUGCAAUUGAAGCCUACUUCAAGUUUAAAUCCUAGGAAGCCAUGCAGGAAUCUCACUAUGACUGAACUCUACCUGGUCCUAUUGGGUGGCUGUCAGGACAGGAGAGGAGAUUGACAUCAGAGAAACACAGUGCUCUUGGAGCACCCUUUGAAGCACUUUUGCCCUCAUAGAGUAUCCACUUUGUUUUGAGGGCCCAAUUAAGCUGCUUCUUUUCGAGUGCGAGAUUUUGUGCAUCUGAAUCCUCAGUACAACCUGUCCCUGUUAAAUUGCUGUCAUCUGACUGGAUGCUGACAGGUCUUGCCUGUCAGCUGGGCCUUGGAAACUUUGGCACUUACUAUGUUGGACGUGAGACCCUCCAUGAAACCACAGCCACCCACCUGACACAAGACAAGAGCUGCCUGGCUGGAGCCAGGCACCACAGCGGGUUACAGGGGCUGCUGGACUAAAAGAGCCUGUUCCUUUACAAGAAAUAUCAUACCUGCUGACGACAGAGAUGUGAAACUUCUAGAUAUUUGAUCAGCUAGUGCAGUGGUUGAGAAAGGUCACUUAAAAGAUGUAACCUAACAACCAAAUGUGAGGCUUGUUUCCUUCUGCCAUGUAUGGGCUUGAAAGCUUCUUCAGAUGACAUUUGUUUGCAGACCUUCCUCCAAAUACUUCAGAGACGAUUAAGAGAUCAUCUCAAAAAUAAUGUGGAUAUACAUUUGGGUAUGUGGAUAAUGUGUGUGCACACACAUAACAAAAAGUGAUGGAGGCAGAAUACUGCCCUAGGGAAGAUACUGUGAGGGAUCUUCAUGCCAGCUGCCAAACUCGAGUCUCUAUCAGACCAAUGGAGAGGGGUUGGGUCUUGCAAAGAGAAGCUGAUAAUGUGUGUAGAGUUCAGAGUCUGCUGUCUGUACUAGAGCCUAGGGUUGAUGCUGAAUAUAGUAAUACAUGGAUCUCUGCUCCCUCAUUCCCUGUAUGUCAAAGACCUGGCACUUUCAUUCUGCCCUGCACAUUGCAUAUAUUUAUCUUGUCCAUCACACAUACAUGUCUGUAUGUUCAUGUUCUAUUGGUAACAGUUAGCCUAAAACACUAAAUCAACCCGUGAUUCGUGUCUUAAAGCUCAUCUCUCAAAGCUCUCUUGGGAGAGAUGUGCUUCACAUGCUGGAAGGAGUAGCUGAGUUCUGCUGGUGACUGUAGUAUCUGAUGUGUUUGCAGUUUUAUGCAGGCAGUGUGAGAGAAGGUAUCUCAUGUGUUAAGGGGAGCUAGCUGGAAUUAAUGAAACAGCCAGUAUUUUAAUUAGCUCCUAAAGAAAUAAUUUAAAAAUACCAUUGUAAUUUAUUUUAACUUCCUAAAUUAGCUGACAUGUUAACUGCUGAGGUAUGAGGUGGUUUCUUAGAAAAAAGUACAGAUGAUCAAACAAACAGCCAUAGCCGUUCAUUGUAUUUCCUGGGGCAUGUGGACUGUGAUUAUUCCCAUCAGAGCCAAAUGGGCAGAUUCACAGCACCCCUCUGCUCCUCUGGGGACCCCACUCUGUGCCAUGACCACCACAAUCUGUUGGGAGCAUCAACUUUCUGGAUGAGUAGAAGCAUUACUCACCCUGCCACCAUGAUGCAAUGGAAAUAUCCACCUAAAAGUAUAUUUUCACUGCAUUUUGCUGAUCUCUCCUAGUUUGGAGCAUGAUUUUCCUGAAAACCAAAGGUCAUUGCACAGUGUGGGGAGUACUGAUGGGAUGCCUCCUCCUCCUCCCGUUUGCUGUUGAAUUACCACUGCUGGAUAUGAGCAGAGGCAUUUGACUCAGCCGCAAUGAAGCUCAUACACUGAUGAUGCAAAAGAGUGUGGCUGGAGCAGCCUGAAACCCUGAACAGAGUGCCUGUAGUGUGGCACAGCUGUGUCUGCUCCGCAAAUCCUGUCCCACCGUGUCUUCCUGGAGACAGCGAGGGAAGGGCCGGGAGCAUCGGGCGCGGCUGUCGUGCCAUGGUGGCUCGCUAGAAGGCGGUGGUGCCUCUGCAAUGGCUUCUGCUCCCCGCUCUGAGGCCAGGCAGCUGCCCGGGGCUUCGAGGGAAGGAGGGGGAAAGCUUAGAGGAGGAGGAGGAUGGUCUUUGUGGAGAGGAAGGAAAAACCGAGUUUAAAAUAUCCAGUCCUUUGAGUCUCUGGGAGCUUGCUGCUGACUUGAGGGCAAAGGUGGAAAAGGGCCAGGACAGAAAACUUGAAAGGUGCUACCAUCUGGUGGGCCUGCUCGCAAACUGGGGACUACAUCCAAACCUCAAAGGGCCCUGAAGUCCUUGGGAGGGAGCAGGGGACAGGUUCUUUCAGUCUGGCUUGGCUGGGGAGAGCUGUGUGGUUGCUCCCUGCCUAUUGCACUUCCAGGGCUGGCCCUUGUUUCCCUUCUAAAGCCACAGCAUGAUGCUUUCCCUCCCUGCCAUAUUGUGGAGUCUUGUCUUUCAGUUGUCUCCUGUCUCAAACGAGGACAUCUGUAAAAGGAGAAAUGGGAAAAAGAAAGGGAAACAAGAACAAGGAGGAAGACAGAGCAGGAUAAAGAUGUGGGGGAAGAAAGCAUGUCUGCCAGAAAGAGGAGGGAGCCAGGGGGG